GACUAAAAUUUGCCUCUUUCUACUCACAGAUACCUCCACCUCUGAAGACCCCAGCUUUGGGUUUGACGCUGCACUGAGCCUCUGCCCUCACCCUGGCCACCCCUACCCAUGAUGGCAUUGUGUCUCAAGCAAGUCUUCAACAAAGACAAAACGUUUCGACCCCGAAAGAAGUUUGAGCCAGGCACCCAGCGCUUUGAGCUGUACAAGAAAGCCCAGGCCUCCCUCAAGUCUGGGCUGGACCUGAAAUCAGUGGUGCAGCUGCCUCCCGGUGAGAGCAUCAAUGACUGGAUCGCAGUGCAUGUGGUGGACUUCUUCAAUCGCAUCAACCUCAUCUACGGCACCAUGUCGGAGUACUGCACGGAAAGGAGCUGCCCCAUCAUGUCUGGUGGACUCAAGUACGAGUACAGGUGGCAGGAUGAUAGCAAGUACAAGAAGCCAACCAAGCUGUCGGCUCCGCAGUACAUGUGUAUGCUGAUGGACUGGAUCGAGAUGCUCAUUAACAACGAGGACAUCUUCCCCACCAGAAUAGGUGUUCCCUUCCCCAAGCAGUUCCAGCAAGUUUGCACUAAGAUCCUCACCCGGCUCUUCCGUGUCUUUGUCCAUGUCUACAUCCACCACUUCGACAGCAUCAUCAACAUGGGUGCUGAGGCUCAUGUCAACACCUGCUACAAGCACUUUUACUACUUCAUCAGGGAGUUCAGCCUCGUUGACCAUCGGGAGCUGGAGCCUUUGAAAGAAAUGACAGAACGAAUUUGCCACUGAAGCAUUUUGGCAGGUGAACUCAGCUGGCUCAUUUGGAGUCUGAUGGGACAAGGCACCCUGUGGUAGAAGACCUCUUCCUGUGGACUUGCUCUGGGCAUUUCAACUCAAUGAACUAUGAACGCUGCAGAAGAGCCUCUUCAGGCCACGGCCAAAGCCUAAGCUUGCCAAGCACCUCUGGACAGAAGUUUUGGGAUUUUUUGUUAUAGAUCCCAGUCUCUGUUGUAUGGCUCCUGCCAAGGAAAGCCACUGACUUACUGGAGAACAAGGCAAGUUUGGUUGAUGUUUGCACACUCCAGUUUCUAUGAGUGAAUUCUGUGUUUGCUAACAUCCCCUCAGCUACCCUUCCUCUUGUUUUGUGCUCAUCUACACUAUCUCCAAAUGUUUCAUCAGUGAUUCCUGCCCUGUGAGCAGGUAUGAACUUGGCUAAUGAGUAAUGCCUCUUACAUUCCCACAUGCAGUGGGUUUGUGGUAACAUCCAAGAUGUUAUCUUGGAUAACAAAGUUGGUGACAUUCGAUCCAAGCUGCCUUCAUGUGGUUAGUUGCUGAUGUACCAUUUUUAACCACAAGCUAUGAAUGUCUCUCAUUCUGCCCUAAUUCAUGCUUUACCAAAAGGACCAUUUUCCCCUGCAAGGGAUUUUUCAUGUUUGGCAGAGGGACUUCAUGAUGUUCUAAGAUGUAUCCAACACUGCCUGGACCAGUGGCAAGGUGGCCCCAUGACAGAGGAGGUGAACAAGGCCACUUUUCAUCGUGAUCAGCACAGUCUACCUGAGAAAGACUCAGAAAGUGGAGGAAGUUGUUGCCAGAAAACCUGAUUUUCAAUAUGUCAGCAUUUCCUGACAUGUUGUUUUGUCUCAAAAGCAGCAGAUGCUGGCUGCAGAAAUGGAUGUUUUUCCAUUUUCCAACUCUACAGUAUAGUAAAUCAGGUGAAGAAGGAUUUUGAGAUACCUAAUCUACCCAGCUCUUGCAAAAAAGCAAGAACAGUCCUUCUUAAACCCUUUUGACCGUUUGAAAGCACACUGUUGCUACCUGGUCUGCACCAUUAUUCCUCUGAAUGGUAUCACAUCUCAAAAUUUCCUUCUCUUCUGCUUGCAACUCCUGAUAACUAAAGUCCCAUUUGUCUUUUCACAAGAGCUGAAGUCUUUUUUCUGUUUUAGGGAGUUAAAAUCAAACUGUCUGAGCCACUGCAUUAUGUUUGUAUUUCCUGCCCUUCUGGGAAGGUUCUGUAUACCAGACACAGCUGAUAUUUAUAAUCUGGGGUUUGCCCAUUUUUGGGAUGGGGGGAGGGAUGUGGCUGGAAAAUGUAAAUAUUUAGGCUAACAUUAAGGUGCAUAGGUGAAUUUUUAGUGCUCAAAGCACUUAUUUUGUUGUGAAAAUCUAUUUUUUUUAAGCUUAUGUACCAGAUAUAUAUUUUUACAUGGAAAUAAAAGACAGCAAAAUGGACACAAAAACACCUCAUACAUCAUUCAAAUAUUUUCUAUGUAAAAUAAUUGGUAAAAGUCUAGAUAUUUUUCUUCUGUUCCUAAUUAAAGAGAAGUUAAUAAGC